AUGAUCAUGGUGCGUCCGCCUAUUCCCUCUCCCUUUUAUUCUCCUCCCUUUCCCCCUCCCCUUGUCCCUCAGUCUUCUCCUCCUUCCUUUUCUCCCUCCCCCUGGCGUCUCCAGCCUACUCUCGCUUCCGAUCAGCGGCCCUUUGCGGAGAGUGUCCCGCCUCUUCCGCCUUUACAGCGGAGGUGGCUGUGGCGACGGCGGCAGCGGCGCCUGCGCGUCUCCUGUCAGGAUCCAGGCGGUCCACUGGGCGGUCCACCUGCGCGUCUCGGAGCCGCGACCCGGGGGUCGAUGGCGAUGAACUAUAACUCGAAGGAUGAAGUGGACGGUGGGCCGCCGUGUCCUCCUGGGGGCACCGCUAAGACUCGGAGACCGGAUAACACGGCCUUCAAACAGCAACGGCUUCCCGCUUGGCAACCCAUCCUUACGGCCGGCACGGUGCUACCUACCUUCUUCAUCAUCGGCCUCAUCUUCAUCCCGAUUGGCAUUGGCAUCUUCGUCACCUCCAACAACAUCCGCGAGAUCGAGAUUGAUUAUACCGGAACAGAGCCUUCCAGUCCCUGCAAUAAAUGUUUGUCUCCUGAAGUGACACCUUGCAUUUGUACCAUUGACUUCACACUGGAAAAGUCAUUUGAGGGCAAUGUGUUUAUGUAUUAUGGACUGUCUAAUUUCUAUCAAAACCAUCGUCGUUAUGUGAAAUCUCGAGAUGAUAGUCAACUAAAUGGAGAUUCUAGUGCUUUGCUUAAUCCCAGUAAGGAAUGUGAACCUUAUCGAAGAAAUGAAGACAAACCAAUUGCUCCUUGUGGAGCUAUUGCCAACAGCAUGUUUAAUGAUACAUUAGAAUUGUUUCUUAUUGGCAAUGAUUCUUAUCCUACACCUAUUACUUUGAAAAAGAAAGGUAUUGCUUGGUGGACAGAUAAAAAUAUAAAAUUCAGAAAUCCCUCUGGAGCAGAAAGCCUGGAAGAACGAUUUAAAGGUACAACAAAGCCAGUGAACUGGCUUAACCCAGUAUACAUGCUGGAUUCUGACCCAGAUAACAAUGGCUUCGUAAAUGAGGAUUUUAUUGUUUGGAUGCGUACUGCAGCAUUACCUACUUUUCGUAAGUUAUAUCGUCUUAUAGAGAGGAAAAGUGAUUUACAUCCAACAUUACCAGCUGGACGCUACUAUUUGAAUAUCACAUACAAUUACCCUGUACAUUCUUUUGAUGGACGAAAACGGAUGAUCUUGAGCACUAUCUCAUGGAUGGGAGGAAAAAAUCCAUUUUUGGGGAUUGCUUACAUCGCUAUUGGAUCCAUCUCUUUCCUUCUGGGAGUUGUACUGCUAGUAAUUAAUCAUAAAUAUAGAAACAGUAGUAAUACUGCUGACAUUACCAUUUAAUUUUGUAUUCUGAAAACAAAUCUACUGCAUGUGCAUCAAGGCCAGUCCUAUUCAACUAGCUUUCGAAUGCUGACAUCUGGUUAGUAUGUGAUUUUGAAGUUGGCACAUACUUGUUUUUAAAAACAGUCUUUGUCCUUUGCUUCUUCCCUAUGGAUGACUUAUGAAAAUAUAUGACGGGUAUAAAAAAAUUAGCUGCAUUGAUUAUAUCAACACUAUAACUGCUGAAAUGGCAUUCUAAUGUUUGCUUUUUAUUGGGACAGGCCAUAUGAUGCAUAGAGCCUCUUUCAUGUGAAUGCGUCUACUGCUUCAAUGUUUAUGCUGUAUCGAUGCUAUUAUAUUGACAUAUAAUGCUGUAUAUGUGUGCCUGUUGUGUGAAGAAAGGGAUUACAAGAUGUAUGAGUAUAAUGACUUGCUAACCUUUCAGGAUUCAGAGUUACAGAAAGAUGAAGAAUGACCGAAUCUAAGUAAAACACUUCAUCAUUUUCAUGUUGUUGUGUGUGAAGGCUUAAAGUACCAUCUUUGUUGAGGUGGUUCAUGCAUUCAGUUUAUCCAGUACAGUUCUUUGUCAAGCUUAGCUUUGAUUUCAAAGAACAUGUUACCUUUGUGUCUGGCAUAGGAAUUAAUAAUGCUCAUGUCUGAAGAGGUCAGGUAAAUCCCAGGUUGGAGAAUUUAAAAAUUCCUCUUUCCAUUUAUUCAAAUGUUACAGUCAGGAACCCCAACUUACUUGGAAUGUUCUUACUGGAAUAUGAUCACUUCCCUUGACGCUUACAUUUCAUAAGGGAAGAAAAUACAAGUGAGGUGGAAAAACUGCUUGGUAGACCUUCAUCUUCUGCCUCGAUUAGAAAUCAGAUGUAAUUGCUCAAAGGAGACUAUUUUCAUUCUUGUGGUAUUUAACAUUCAGAAAAUUACUUCAGCAUUGAAAAAAAUCUCAAACUGUUUUUAUUUUACAGGUAAGUGUUUUGACUUAAGUACUAAUAUUAUAUUCCAGAAAAUUUUGAAAGUAGUAACCUAAUUUCCUCUGUAUUUUAUUCAAUUUUUACAUAGGUCAAUUAUAGAUAUGUAUGCACAUUCUCUUUAGUUAAGGUACCAAUUUUUUUGGUUGGUUUUCCUGAGACAUACUUUAGAAAGAUGUUCUAUACCUAAUUAAAUUCUAGAGAUUUUGGAAUAUGUACAUGAUAAAUUAUAAUAUAUAUGGUUGAAGUAAUUUUAUUUUUUACUAACUGGAAUUAUUUUAAUAUUCCUUAUUGAAUACUGUAAUUUGUUUGCUAUGGAACUUAAAAUGAAUGUAAACUUAUUUUUCCACAUGCAUGCAUGAAAAUGUGUGUAUUUAAUCAGAGGUGGCUUAAUUGCAUUGAAAUUGCUUUUUUUUUUUUUUUUUUGCUAAAGUAACUCAUGUUUGUGUAGAAGAAUGCCUGUUUAUUCAAAGUUUGUAAUGAUUUUUUUGAGUUCUAUUUUAAAUCAGAAGGUCUGGGUAAUGUAUCAAUUUUGAUUAAUAUAUGUUUUUUUGUAAAGAAACAAACAACAAUGUAAUAGUUAGUAGUAGAAAUGUGCCACACUUCUUAAGUUUUGUGUAACAUGAAAUUCAGUUAAAAGAACUUGUAAUUCAUAAUGACUUUUAACUGGUAAAAAUAUUACUUGCA